AAGCGCAGCAUUCUCGUACUGACGCUGCACGUUCAGCAGUGUCCUUCUCAGACAGAGCCAAUGACAGUUUAUUUUCCCCAUCAAAGAAGGAUAAAUUAGGCUAUUUCCAAGGAUUGUUCUCAGCUGGGUCUUUGGCAAACGGAAGAUAUUGUUCCUGUUACAUGACUGGCAGCAUAUUUGCUUUUCUUGAUAAUCUGCCGCUGUGAAGCAAAUUUAAUUCAGACAAGGAGAUUGGCAACAGCAAUCAUUGCAUGUAUUGUUUACCAAUGGGCUAUUGCUCUAGCGAUUUGUAGAGGCUAGGAAAAAAUGCAAUAGACAACAAUGGAUUUCAGCAGUUCAUCGGUGUUCGAUCAACAGAAAGGUGAUGCAGUGGAAGAAAUUGACUUGACUCUGGUAUAUCAAGCAGCGGCAAAUGGGGAUGUCAACACUUUGACUGCUGUCAUUCGGGAAGAUCCAUCAAUAUUAGAAUGCUGUGAUAGUGAAGGCUGUACACCCUUGAUGCAUGCUGUCUCAGGACGCCAACUUGAUACAGUGAAAUUGCUGCUGAAGAUGGGAGCAAAUAUCAACACCCAAGAUGCCUGUGGGCGCACCAGUUUAUCUCUGGCAACCUACCUGGGAUGGCUGGAGGGCUGUAUGAGUCUGCUGAGAAAUGGAGCCAAGCAGAGCAUCCCUGAUAAAAAUGGAAGAUUACCACUGCAUGCUGCUACCGCUGACCCCAGUGUCAGGCUGUUAUCUGUGUUGCUGCAGCAGUCUGACCUGAGUGAAAUUAACCACCAGGACCAUGAGGGAAUGACAUCACUUCACUGGGCUGCAUUCCAUAAUCGACCUCAGCAUGUGCAAAUACUACUACAGAAAGGAGCAGACCCAACGCUGGUGGAUAAAGAUUUUAAAACAGCUCUUCACUGGGCAGUACAGAGUGGAAACCGGAUCCUGUGCUCUAUCAUCCUGAGCCACCGGCAGGGCCCGUCAAUAAUAAACUAUGAUGAUGAGAACGGGAAGACAUGCCUUCACAUUGCUGCUGCUGCCGGAUAUAGCGACAUUAUCAGUGAACUGGCUAAAGUCCCAGAAUGCAGCCUGCAGGCCCUUGAUGUGGAUGACAGGACGCCUUUGCACUGGGCUGCAGCAGCAGGGAAAGAUGACUGUGUCAAGACGUUGCUACAGCUGGGAGUCGAUAGCAGCCCAAGGGACAUCAAUGAGAACACCCCUUUGACAUACGCUAUGUACUGUGGGCACACAGCAUGCAUCAAACUGCUCUCCCAAGAGCACAGACUGGAUCUAGUUCAUCAAGUUUCCUUCCAGAACAACAAAUUCCUGAAGAAGGAAGGUAGAUUCAGCAUGCUUAACCAAAUAUUCUCCUGUAAGAAGAAAAAAGAGGGUUGGAAAGCAAACCAAAAAGAUAAAAACAGAGACAGAUCUCAGAGGGAAGAGACAUCAGAAGUUGAUGACAUUAUUACCACAUUUGACUGCAUUAUGGAUGCCAGCUGCAAAGAUUCAUCUGAGGAGUGUGUCAUGACUAUGGACUUCAAAAGAAGAAGCACAGAUACCAAGAAGUAUCUCAUCUCAGCAAAUAAUCCACCAGGCCGCAAUGGCCUUCCGCCAAUAAGAACUCAAAGUCUCCUUCCUAUUACUGUGGAUCAUUCUUUUUUAAUGACUUCUAAAAUGACAACAUCUAGCAUGAGUUUGGGUGCUGACAGCUCCCAUUUUACAACUCAGUCUCAAAAAAGCAGAAGCGAACAUGAUCUGUCAGAUCAAAAGAGCAGCCGACAAAUUUUGGACAACUCUUGGAAAAUUGACACUAACCAAAUACUCACGUGUAAAGUCUGGACGACAAUGCCUUCUGAUAAUAAACAAAUAAAUGGGUUAUUCCCAGAAAGAUCCAGUCAUGUGCUAUUAUGCCCUUCCCAUCUCCCACACCUGCCUAACUCUCCAUCAGGGGAAAGUUUUCAACAAGCCUCUCUAGAACGACCCAAAGUAAAAGACCUUACACCUGUGCGGAAUAACUUGGCUCCCAUACUAAACCACUGUGUUCAGAAAGCCCAACUACUGCCCAGCCAAGUUUCUCCAAGCAACAAGGAGUUGAAAUCCUUCUCUUCAAAUUCCUUAAGAACUGGCACUUCUAUCCUCCCACCAGCACUAACCACCAAAUUCCACAAACCAGGGCUUUCUCAGAGGCAGCUGCUGUACUCUUUCUUGCCAGCGCUAACAGGAGAACCUCUCCGAACAAGCAGAGUCCUACCUGCCAUUCCAAGCCAGAAGGGAUCCAGCUUCACAGGAGAAGCACUUAACCAAUCACACUGCAAACCAGACAGUGACGUUUAGCUCAUGGGACCCUGAAUGUCCAAGGAACUGGGAGUGGGGAUGGUGUAUAAACCAUUUCUAAGCAUUUACUUUCCACUUCAUUGUGAAUUAGAGGGUUAGCAAACAGACAGUUUUAAAAGACAUACAGCAUUUAUCAAGGCAAUCUACCUGUAUUUGGUGCAUCUAUUUAAAUUAGGACCAUAUUGGAAAAGUGCUAUCAAAUAUACUGUGGGGAAGCCAAGGAAAAUGCAACUUCAUUUAAUUUUGCUAUUUCAUCUCAGGCCAGAUAAGAGUGCCACUUUCCCUUUGUGAAUGACCUCGUCCCAUGUGUUUAAUAAUUCAAAACACUUACUGGCAGAUGCAACAGGAGACUGGCGGUCCCUUCACCUCACGUUUCCUAACCCAAACAUUUGAAUUUGGGGCAAUGGAGUUUGUGGGGGAAAGCAACCCGUGGUUUCCCUCGCCAAACUCCACUCUAAAUCUUCAGUCAGAGUGGAAUUUAACUGCCACAAACCCCAUUUCUGCAGUGCCAGCAUUACAUCUAGACACCGGCACCACCAUUUGGGGCCCCACAGAACUGGAGUUGAGGGAGGAAGCUCCUCCCUCAUUCCAGCCCAAUUGGCUGUGCCAAUUUCAGGAAAGAAGGAAGCCAGCACAGCCAGCUUCCCUAUCUCUCUGCAGUCUCACUGACUGCAGAGAGAUAGCUCUCCCCAAUGUCUGAAUGCGAUGGGAGAGUGGGAGGAGGUGCGUGGAACUGAGGUUCCAUUGGACCCACAGUUCUGUGUUACGUCUGAACUGGACCACUGUAUUUGUUUAUUUAUUUAUUUUUAUUUAUUUGAUUUAUAUAAUGUCCUUCCAAAAAUGGCUCAGGGUGGUUGGUUUACCUGAAACCAAGAAUAGAUUUUUUUCCAAGUUUUUUGAUAUUAGAAAUCAGGAGGCCAUCUUAACAUUCAGAGUCCUAUUCUUUUCACGUAAAUGCAGGUAUAACAUGUAUUUAACCUCUAAAUUUUAAGGGGGUGGUCUUAAAUUCAGAGUAGUGUUUGAUUUGGGUAAAUACAGAAGUACCUCUCAUUGCGGGAUGGCUUUACAUAUGUGUAGCUACCUUCAGGAAGCCAACCAAAAGGACUGACCUGUGUAGACACUCCACAUAGCAGGCAUCACAUUUAAAUGGCUUUUAGUGCACACAUGUGCAGCAUUUAAAAUGCCAUUGUUCUGUUGCUCAAGUGGCAACCCUGUUGGUGUGCAGUACUUAGUGGCAACUCCAUAAUUGAGCAGAUAUGUUCCAUGGACACAAUCCAUUUCAGGCUGCCUGAGAAGAGGGGCCACUGAGCACCACUCACCAGCCUCCUCUCCGCACCCUCGGAAUCUCCACUCACCUGCAGCAGCUCCACUAAAGUCAUAGUAGCCAUGGCCAGCUUGAUGUGGUUUGCCAGCCAUGGUACGGUAUAAUGAUGUCAGCACCAGGCCAUGACAUCAUUAUAGCAACCUUGCUACGGCUGGCAAAUCUUAGCAAGCUGGCUGCAGCUACAGUGGACUUAGUGGAGACAGUAGGUGAGAGUGGGAGGCCUGGAGGGGAAGAAUGAACAGAUGAGCUGGGGAGAGGUGGCAGAUGAGCAGGGGGAGGCAACUGGUGAGCAGGGUAGUGUCUGCAGUGGCUGUGGCAGUGGUGGCCCACCAAAAAAAUUGAACACUGUGCGCUGCCAACAUCAUGACGCCAUUGCAAAUACUACAGGUUCAUUGGCCAGCAGAGAGGCUAAGACCCAUUUAAACAUGAUGGACCCAGAAUCACUCAUGAGCCUGGAUUUCAGUUGAUGUAUCUUAUACAGAGUAUCUACCUAAGUAAAUGUUCUUCAGUACCAUCUAUAUAGCAGCUAUUGCAUUUAAAUCAGCUCUAAAAUCAGUGGGACUUAAGGUCCCACUGACUUCAGCCAGAUUUUAAGCACAUCUAAUUUCUCUAGAUUAUUGCACUUCAGGUAUCUGACUUCGUAAGAUGGGUUUUUCUGUACCUCCAAACAACAAAUAAAACAAAGACAUAAUGCUUUGCAAAUGAAUGUAUUUUUAAGCCAGAAUUCUGAAUUCAAAAACAAAUAGUCACUUUAACAUUUCUUGACAUGCACACAUUUCAGGCAUUAGGAGCUGCUUAUUUUUGUGAUUGCCCAAAGUUUAAAGCAGUAGAGCAAGGGAAGGCCAAAGAUAAUAAUAUUGGCUUGUCAUUAUAUUUUAUGAUUGCAGAGAAAUACGUUAACUAAUUCUAUACAAAUGUAUAUAUGUAUGUAAAUACACAGAUCUGCAUUCCACAAACUUGCUUAGGGCUUUUCCACACAAUCAGUAAGUGUCCUUUUUCCCCAAGCACUGCUAUAGUGUGCUAUCCACAAGUGUUUAUGCCUCCAUCAUAAAUAAAGCACUGGUGGUUCUACAAGGGUGUGUAUGACAUCCUUAAAAACAGUACUAGGAGUAGUAGGAGUAGGAGUAGUAGUAGUAACAACAUCCAGGCUAGCACUGACCCUCAGGAUCAUAUAUUUGUUGGUGCACAGUGGGCUUCAGAGGGAAGGGAGAUUGACAAAAAUCACCCCUUCUCCUACUCAUGAGACCACGCAGCAGUAGUCUGAAACUCAGCACUGCUGCACCAUGCAAUGCUAUUCUGGAUAUCAGCCAUUAUUAUUAAUUUCCACAGCACUUAAAAACCAAGCACUAUAUAAAAGUAUCAUCCAGUCUCACAAAUAGAUAAUAAGAGAAAAUGAAAAAGAAACACACACAAAAAAAAUAGUCCUUCACACCUUUUCUCUUACUCCCAGUUAUGAAACACUGUUGCUCAAUAUUACUAAGUUCUGUAAAACUGGCAGCUUGACAUUUGCUUAGGGGUGUGCAAAAUCCGGAACCACAAAAUAUAUAUACUGUACUCACGUUUCUUUAAUAGUAUGGGUGUCUUUGAGAGAGCCAGCGUGGUGUAGUGGUUAGAGUGCUGGACUAGGACUGGGGAGACACGAGUUCAAAUCCCCAUUCAGCCAUUAUACUUGCUGGGUGACUCUGGGCCAGUCACUUCUCUCUCAGCCUAAUCUACUUCACAGGGUUGUUGUGAGGAGAAACUUAAGUACGUAGUACACUGCGCUGGGCUCCUUGGAGGAAGAGGGGGAUAUAAAAAUGUAAACAAACGAACAAAUAAAUAUUUUGAAAGCAUCAGGAAGAGGGAGGAUUCGAGUUAGAGCUGAAUAGCAGGUCUAUCAGUGGCGACUAGUCUGGUGGCUAUAGGCCUCCUCCAGUGUCAGAGGCACGAUGCCUCUGAAUACCAGUUGCAGGAGAGCAACAGCAAGAGAGAGGAUAUGCCCUCACCUCUUGCUUGUGGGCUUUCCAGAGUCAUCUGGUGGGCCACUGUGUGAAACAGGAUGCUGGACUAGAUAGGCCUUCUUGGGCCUGAUUCAGCAAAGCUGUUCUUAUGUUCUUAUGAGCCUUAACUCACAGCCUAAAAGACACCCCUUGACCCAGUAGUGCUACCAGAGUCUAGUGCUACCAGAGUCUGCUAUGCCGCAGAGCACCCUAAAAGCAUUCGUUGGCAGUGUUGCAGGUAGUGGUGAAGGUACAGUAGGAGUUAACAAAGUGGGAUAUGCCCAUCACAAUCGCAGAAAAUUUAUAUGGACAACCUGCUUCUGAGAGAUAACAGGCUGUCCAUAUGUGUAUUUUGUUCUACUGUGAUGGGCACUGAAUAAGAUGAAAAAGGAGAGAGCUUCUGGGAUUCAACAACACUAACAGCAACCUAAGGCAAUGUCAUUAUAUACACUGUCACUUAAUAAUGAGCAAAAGUUGGUAUUGCUUUCUUAUCGGCCUGAGAAAAACCGCCCUGGGGUCUUAGGACAAAGGGCAUUAUAUAAAUAUAAAAAUAAAAUAAAAUAAAAUAAAAUAUAAUAUAAUAUAAUAUAAUAAUAAUAAUAAUAAUAAUAAUAAUAAUAAGAGAGCUUUUUGUUUAUGUUGCCUGCUUCAUACCUCAGAUAAAUUAGCUUUAUGCCAGAAUGAUAAUAGGAGUGCAGUAGGAGCACAUUUCUCACUACAUGGUACUUUACAUCAAUAUGUUUGGUACGCCCCUUUACAUCUUCUUGUUUGGAGAGUUGAAUGCAGCUUUGGUUGUCUUCAUACACUGGUAUGGGCUGUGGUACAUCUGUACCUAGGUCCUUCAGUAGUUGACACAGCCAUUGUAUCUCGUGACAGCCCUGUGCAGCUGAUACAUAUUCUGCUUCAGUGGUUGAUGAUGCUACUAUGUCUUGCUUUGUGCUUGACCAGCUUAUGGCUCCAUCUCCAUAAAAAAUAUGUGACCACUGGUGGAUUUCCUUUCUGUUAGAUCUCUACCCCAGUCUGCAUCUACGUAUGCUCCUAGUUUUGGUUGACUGUUAGCUGGUAGCUUGAGCUUAAAGUGUGCAGUACCUUUUAGGUACCUAAUAAGUCUCUUAAUUGCAUUCCAGUCCUUAACUGUUGGUGAUGCAGUCUUUCUGCAAAGUAAGCCAACUGCUGUACUAAUAUCUGGCCUAGUGAGUGUACUAAUGUAUAAAAGCUUACCCAAUGCUUCACGA